GAGAGAGAGCUUUGCCAGCGACAAUUCUCACACCACCACCAGUUUGGACAAAAACCAUAGAGGACUUUUCCUGCGACAAUUCUCACGCCCCCACCAGUCUGGAGUCCUAUCUUCUAUUGGCUCUUCUUCUGGGAGGGACUCUAUCUAGAAUCAACCUUACAUCCCAUCCAAUUCCAAUUCAUUCCAAUCCAAUCCAAUCCAAUCCAAUCCAAUCCCACCCUCCCAAACCCUAAUUAGAUUUCAACCCACCCAAAACUCUGAUUUCCAAUCCCAUUCCAUCCUAACUUUCAAUUCCCCAAUUCACAAACCCAUAAAUUCCCUCCCCAAUCCAUCAUUAUAUACACACACACAUUGAUAUUGUUAGUUUUUCAAGUUCAGUUUUAGGGUUUGUUUUGAGAUGGAAGGAAACAAAGACGAGGCAUUGAAAUGCUUGAAGAUCGGCCGCGAUGCUAUCGAAGCCGGUGAUCGAACCCGUGCCUCCAAAUUCAUCGCCAAAGCUCGUCGUCUCGAUCCGUCUCUCUCCGUCGAUCUUCUCCUCUCCAAGCUUCAGAAUCCCUCUGGCGAUGGACCCACCAACCAAUCAGCUUCAUCAAAGGUUUCGGAUAACACCAAUAACACCAAUUCCGGUGCUCGGAGUAGGGUUUCGGCACCUGGGCCUUCACCAUCGGCUUCGACUACCUCGGUGGCCUAUACUGAGGAACAGAUCUCGAUUGUGAGAGAGAUUAAGAGGAAAAAGGAUUACUAUGAGAUAUUGGGGCUAGCGAAGGGUUGCACUGUUGAUGAUGUUCGCAAGGCCUAUCGAAAACUUUCAUUGAAGGUUCAUCCCGAUAAGAACACUGCUCCGGGUGCCGAGGAAGCCUUCAAGUCUGUUUCGAAGGCGUUUCAGUGUUUGAGUGAUAAGGAGAGUAGGAAAAAGUAUGAUCUUGUUGGGUCAGAUGAACCGGUGUACGAAAGACGAGCCCCGAGGCGUCCGGGACAAGGGUUUAAUGGGUUAUAUGAAGCUGACAUUGAUGCUGAGGAGAUAUUUAGGAAUUUCUUUGGCGGAAUGCAUCCUGUUACGUCUGCGCAAUUCGGUACCUUUAGCUUUGGUCCAGGGAUGGGUGUGAGAAUGGGCAACAAUGGGUCUUCUGGAUGGGUUAGGACUUUAAUUCAGUUAGUGCCUGUGCUUUUGAUUCUGCUCUUCAACUUUAUGCCAUCAUCUGAUCCCAUGUAUGCACUUUACCGAUCGUAUCCUUAUGAACAUCGGCUUUCUACGCAAAAGGGUGUUAAUUUUUAUGUGAAGUCAACAAGGUUUGAGCAGGAUUACCCUCCUAAUAGCCCUGAACGCGUGAGGUUUGAUGGACUGGUGGAGAAAGAUUAUGUUUCGGUUCUUGCACACAAUUGUCAGCUUGAGCUACGGCGUUUCCAAUGGGGCUUGGAACGAGAAACACCACAUUGUGACUCACUGAAACAGUUUGAGAUGGUGACCUGAUGACUUGAUCCAAGAUUGUUGGGCAGUUCAUCGGUCCCAUAUUGAAGAAUUUCAGGGCUAUUAAGAAUUUGAUCCGAGGACAUAAAGGAUACAUUGAGUUGUGAUUUCGGAAGUAUUUUCAUUGAAUACAGAUAUCAUCUUGAUCGAGCAUGAGUUAGCCUGUAUGAUGUUUCAAACUUCUGGUGGCAUAUAUUUGAAAUUGCUGCAGCAAUUUGCAUCACACGGACCCUCCCAGGAAAACCUAAUUCUUAUACGUAGUUAUAUGUAAUGUUACUGUCAUGUUUUAUUUUAUAUAAUUUUCUUUAUGAUAAGAUGUAGCUUCUAUGCGUUUGAACCGUCAUACAUAAGGUUAUCGUGUGCGCACAUACAAUUUCGUUUUAUAAGGUAAUUGAUGGUAGGUCAGGCCAUA